UUCGAGCAUUCAGCAUCAGUAUCCCAACAUGUCUGCCUUCGAUAAUCUCCCCAGAGUUUCAAUUCUGCCUCAUAUUGUACUCAUUGACAAAGCCGUAAAGGAUACAGAUCCACGCAAGGUCGAUCUUUUAGUCGGAGCUUAUCGUGAUGAGAACAGCCUGCCCUACGUCUUGCCCGUUGUGAAACGAGUGGAACAAGUACUGGCUCAAAGAAUAAACAAGGGGCUUGAUAACCAUAAUUACAGUGCUCCGGAUGGAUUGUCCGGUUUCUCCGCGGAGGUGGCCCGAAUCACCCUAGGAGAAGAUUGCCAAGCUUUUCAGGAAGGAAGGUUGGUGUGCAGCCAACCCUCUGGUAAUUGCAGCGGACUUCGGGUGACUUUUGAAGUCCUCAAACAGAUAUUGCCCACCAAUUAUGUUUAUGCCAGUGAUCCCACGUGGCUUACUAUUGACAGCAUCGUUGAGAAAAGCGGCUUCCAGCUCAUGCAUUACCGUUAUUGGGAUGAGGCCAACAAGUGUCUGGAUUUUGUGGGUCUAACUCAAGACUUGGAGGCAGCUCCUCGAGGUUCCGUUGUGAUUUUCCAGCCUGCUGCUCACAAUCCCACGGGAGUUGAUCCUACCCAGGAACAAUGGAAGAUCAUAGCCAAAAUUGUGCAGAGCCGAGAUUUGAUGACUGUCUUUGACUCAUGUUAUCAGGGCUUUGUCUCGGGUGAUCUGGAUCAGGAUGCAUGGCCUAUGAGACAUUUUGCUUCCCUUGGGAUGGAAAUGAUCAUCAAUCAAAGCUUCUCCAAAACCCUGGGGCUUUAUGGGGAAAGGGUCGCGAGUUUUCUUAUGAUCGUAAACGAUAAAUCCAUCAUUCCAAGAUUGAAGGUCACCAUCUUCAAUUGUCUGACUGGUCUCACUGGGCCCGGAGCGGCUUACGGAGCGAAAAUCGCUCGAGAAGUCUUCUCCUCUCUAGAACUGGAAAGCGAAUGGCGCGAUUCCGUUCGAUCCAUGACUAGCCGCAUCAAGGAGAAUCGGAGGAAGUUGCGAGAUCGUUUGGAGCAAUUGAAUGGAUGUCCCGGCUCGUGGAGUCACAUUACUCGACAAAACGGCAUGUUUUCUUAUACUGGAUUAACCCCCAAGCAAUGUGCCUUUUUAGCCGUGGAGAAAAAGGUCUACAUUUAUCCAUCGGGCCGAGCCAAUCUGGGCGGAUUAACUGAUCGGGAUCUGGAAUAUGUGGCUCAAUCCUUUCACGAAGCACAACAAAUUCAAGAAUAAACCAAUUGAUUAAUCAAUUGAUCAACCAUCUAUUCAGUCGAACAGUCUAAGCAAACUCGAUCUUGAGUAACAUCAGAAUGAUAUAAUAUAACUCCUUGGAAUUCGAGUGGAAAUAACAAAAGAACAAAUA